AUGAAGACCAUCGUUGUGCUGACUGCCCUUGUGGCAGUGCUUUAUGCUAAAACUUUCACGAUGGAGACUCGCUCCACUGGAUCUCUUCGUGCUCGUCUUAUUGCUGCCAACCUCUACCAGAAAUUCUUGGAAGAGCAACAUCUGGCUCGCACACAGGUUCUUGCCUCAGGAUCUCAGCCAUUCAUCGACUACGCUGAUGAUUUCUACCUUGGAAACGUUACCCUUGGAACUCCCGCCCAGACCACCACACUCGUCCUGGAUACCGGAUCAUCCAAUUUGUGGGUAAUCGACGCCGCUUGCAACACUGCCGCCUGCAAUGGUGAGCCAAACAGCGGCUACACCAAGCACAAGUUCGAUACCAAAAAGUCGUCCACAUUCAAGAAGGAAACUCGUACUUUCUCGAUCCAAUACGGAUCCGGAUCGUGCAAUGGUUACCUUGGCACCGACACCAUCGGCUUUGGAGGGCUCACCGUCAAAUCGCAAGAAUUCGGAGUUGCCACCCAUCUCGCCGAUGUUUUCGGAUAUCAGCCAGUUGACGGAAUCCUUGGACUUGGAUGGCCAGCACUUGCUGUCGACAAGGUCGUCCCUCCCAUGCAGAACCUUCUUCCCCAACUUGACCAGCCCCUGUUCACCGUCUGGAUGGACAGAAAGUUGACAGUCAGCAACGGUGGAAAUGCCGGUUUGAUCACAUAUGGAGCCAUUGACAAAAAGAACUGCGAUGCCACAAUCAACUACGUCCCAUUGUCUGCUGAGACCUACUGGCAAUUCCCCAUUGCUGGAUUCUCUAUCGGAAGCUUCUCUGAGACCAAGAAAGAGCAGGUCAUUUCCGACACCGGUACCUCAUGGAUCGGAGCACCAACCAGUGUCGUCAGCGGAGUUGUCAAGCAGACUGGCGCCAAGUACGAUUUCGUGAACGAACUCUACACCGUCCCAUGCUCGACCCAAAAGACCCAACCCGACCUUGUUUUCACCAUCAAUGGUGUCAAGUACAAUAUUCCCUCGGUUGAAUAUGUGCUCGACCUUGGUCUUGGAAAUGGAAAGUGCGCCUUGACCUUCUUCGGAAUGAACUCCGGUGGAUUUGGCCCAGCAUGGAUUCUUGGAGACACAUGGAUCCGCACUUACUGCAACAUCUACGAUAUUGGCCAGAAGCGAAUCGGUUUCGCCAAGGCUAUCCAUUCCGGACUCUAA